AUGAACAAGAGAAAGCAUGAGAAGGGCUUCUGCCAGCCGUACCGUGGCAUCGCGUGCGCUCGCUUCAUAGGGAACAGGAGUAUCUACGUGGAGUCUCUGCAGAUGCAGGGGGAAAGUGAAAACCGCAUCACUGCGGCCUUCACGAUGAUCGGCACCUCGACCCAGCUAUCAGACCAGUGCUCUGAAUUUGCCAUCCCAUCCUUCUGCUAUUACGUCUUCCCAUUAUGCGAGGAGGGCACCAGAGGUCCAUGGCAGCGCCAACUCUGCCGCGAUGAGUGCGAGGCUCUGGAGAACGACUUGUGCAAUGCCGAGUACACCAUCGCACGCUCCAACCCUCUCAUCCUCAUGCAGCUCGAGCUGCCCGCGUGCAACCUGCUUCCCCACCCCGGCUCGCCAGAAGCUGCCAGCUGCAUUCGCAUCGGCCUGCCACCGCAGUAUUCACCCCCAAAUCACAGCUGUUACAACGGAAGUGGCGCCAACUACAAAGGCACGGUCAGUGUCACGAAAUCAGGCUACCAGUGUCAGCCGUGGAGCGCACAGUAUCCACACAGUCAUCAUCUGACGCCUGUUGAGUACCCUGAGCUCAGAGGAGGCCACAAUUUCUGCAGGAACCCCGGAGGGCAAAUGGAGAGUCCUUGGUGUUUCACUUUAGACCCUAAUGUUAGAGUGGACGUCUGUGAAAUUCAGCCCUGCAAUCCUCCAGAGAAAGUGAAAAAGGAGAUACUGUACAUCUUAAUCCCCAGUAUAGCCACCCCUCUUGUUAUUGCCUGCUUAUUCUUCUUGAUCUGCAUGUGUCGCAACAAACAGAAGGAGUCUGCUGACACCCCCACUCGCCGUCAACUCACUGCCUCACCGAGUCAAGAAAUGGAGCUGCCUCUACUUAACCAGCCCAAGCAUCAGGCGAAGCUACGAGAACUCAACCUGUCUGCAGUUCGAUUCAUGGAAGAGCUUGGAGAGGACCGUUUCGGAAAAGUCUACAAAGGUCACCUCUACGGUACGGCUCCAGGUGAACAGACCCAGGUGGUGGCUAUAAAGACGGUCAAAGACAAGGACGAGGGUCCUCUACGGGAAGAAUUCCGCCACGAGGCCAUGAUCCGGUCCCGCCUACAGCACCCCAACAUCGUCUGCCUUUUGGGUGUGAUAACUAAAGAACAGCCCAUGAGCAUGAUCUUCAGCUAUUCGGGCCACGGUGACCUCCACGAGUUCCUGGUCAUGCGAUCCCCUCAUUCGGACGUCGGCAGCUCUGAUGACGACAAAACGGUCAAAUCCACUCUGGAACAGGCAGACUUCCUACACAUCGUCACACAGAUAGCAGCCGGAAUGGAGUAUCUUUCCAGCCACCACGUGGUACACAAGGAUCUGGCUGCUCGUAACAUUCUAGUUUGCGAUAAGCUCAACGUUAAGAUCCUGGACCUUGGGUUGUUCAGGGAGGUCUACUCCGCUGACUACUACAAGCUAAUGGGCACCAGUCCCUUGCCUAUCCGUUGGAUGUCCCCUGAAGCCAUACUGUAUGGCAAGUUCUCCACCGAUUCAGACAUCUGGUCCUACGGCGUGGUGCUUUGGGAGAUAUUCAGCUAUGGCCUUCAGCCUUACUGCGGUUAUUCUAACCAGGAUGUGAUUGAGAUGGUGCGCAACAGACAAGUUCUUUCCUGCCCAGAUGACUGUCCAGCCUGGAUUUACACACUGAUGCUAGAGUGCUGGAAUGAGUUCCCCGCAAGAAGGCCAAGAUUCAAAGACAUUCAUGCCCGGUUGCGCACCUGGGAGAGCUUGUCCAACUACAACAGCUCGGCACAGACCUCAGGAGCGAGCAACACCACUCAAACCAGCUCCCUCAGCACGAGCCCCGUCAGUAACAUCAGCAAUGCCCGCUACGUUAGUCCCAAAAAGUCUUCCCCCUUCCCUCAGCCUCAGUUUGUGUCCAUGAAGGGACAGAUGCGCCCAAUGGUGCCGCCCCAGCUCUACAUCCCAGUCAACGGCUACCAGCCAAUGCCGGCUUAUCCGUACAUGCAGAACUUCUACCCCAUGCAGAUCCCCAUGCAGAUGCCUCCACAGCAGCUGCGCCCACAGUUGGUCGCCAAGGCUGGAUCGCACCACAGCGGCAGCGGCUCCACCAGCACCGGCUAUGUGACCACGGCACCCUCCAACGGAUCUGGCACGGAGAAGGCGGCCCUUAUGAAUGAAGACCUGAAGACGACAGACGAGGAUUUCGCUGACGGGGCUUCUCAAAGUGGCCUGCACAACGAGGACCUAUCUGUUCCAGAGACAGAGCUCCUGGGGGACAAUGACAGCCCGCGGACAGAAGACAAUGGAAACAACUCGGAAGCAUAGACAAUCUAUGAUUUUUCGCUUUUUUUCUCAGUUGUACAGGUUUAAAAAGUGAAGGGAAACCAGUGAAUGACACAUGGACGUGGUGUUAUUUAUGGGUUUUUGUUUUAUCCGCAGCCACUGAUGGAUGAACGCAUCAUGCUGCUGGAGAUAUUUUUAUAAGAGAUGUCAGCUUCACCCAUGAGCUGCGGUUUUUGUAGUCUGUGAUGAAGAAUCAAGCUUUCAGCCCUUCUGCUUUGGGGUCGGUGGCAGAUAUGA